ACAUAAAUCGAAUAAAAUAUUAUCAAUUUUCUUAUCAGUUAUAUUAUUUAUUUACAGCAAACAACGAUAUUGAUGACUUGCGAAUAAUUGUUGUCGAUGGCUCUGAAUAGUGCAUAUUAUGUUUUGUUUAUUGGAAAAUCGUAUUAUUACUAUUAUUAGUUAUUACCAAUCAAUAAUCACCGUAAUUACCAAUUGAUCAAUACUUAACUUACGCGUUUGAAACAUUUGCAGUCGUGCGUUCUUUAAACUAUGGUACGGAUUAUUGAGUAGUCAAACGUCGAGUUAUUACUUACUGUAGUGAAGUGUUCUAGUAUUCAAUUAUUCAUCAGUGUUCUUAUAUUUUAUAUACUAUACGUUCUACGUUGCGUGCAACAAAAAUUAUUAUUAGUUACAAUUUUAUUAUUACAUUUAUAGUAGCUACUGUAGCUAUGCGGUAUUACCUAUGUCUUAUUCAUUAAACGCGUCUGUUGGAUAUAAUUAGAAUUCUUUAUUUACGCAUAGGAAAUAAGUAAAGAUGACGUGGUUAAAGAUAAAAGUACUUUUAUGGAAAAGCUUACAACUACGAAAAAGACAUUGGUUGAGUACUAUAAUUGAAAUAAUAGUACCGUGUUUGUUAUUUCUUUUAAUCAAUGAUGUAAAGUCACAAUUAUUAUUUGAAAAUACAUAUGAACCAACAGUUGUUAACCAAACUAUACCAAACCCUAUUUCUGAAGACAUUAUGUAUCAAGUAUUUAGAUCAUCUCAUUCAAUAGGACAUUUUAUUUAUACUCCUCAAACUAAUGAAACAGAACAGAUCAUGAAAAUAGUACAAAAAAAUUUGGACAUUUCAAAUGAUAACAUUGAAACAGCUAUUAAUGAAGAUGAAAUGAUAAACAAAUUCAAAAUUAAAUUCAAUAACAGUCAAAGCACUUUAAGUCUUAUGGGAUUUGGAAUUGUUUUUGAAGAAACUAUAAAUUCCCAAGCUUUAAAGUACAAGAUAAGAAGCACAAAUGAUUUAUGGCUAACAGAUAAUUUAUUUCCUCCAUAUGAGAUACCAGGGCCUAUGGAUUUUGGUGAUGAAUACCUAAAUUAUGGAUUUUUAGCAUUGCAGUUAACUAUAGACAAAGCUUUUAUUUCGUUGAAUGCCCAUAAUAGAAAUGGUCUUAAUAUAAAUGAUUAUAACUUAGAUAUUCAGUCGUACCCUUAUGCAAGUUACUUACAAGAUUCAUCAUUUCAAAAUUUAUUUAAUUUGCUUUUGCCAUUUUUCACAGUUUUAAGUUUUUUGUUAAUGUGCUCUAAUACAAUUAAAAGAGUUGUUGAAGAAAAAGAUUCAGGUGUAAAAGAGUUAAUGAAAAUUAUGGGUCUUAAACCAUGGAUGAUAUGGGCAGGAUGGAUAUUACACAACUUUUUUACAUAUGCCAUAUCAAUCACAGUUAUUACUUAUCUUACUUGUUUUGAAACACCUCUUGGUCACGCAAAAAUAUUAAAUUAUACAAAUCCAUUCCUUUUUUGGAUUUUUUUAAUGAUGUACAUGGUUGCUGGAGUAUUUUUUUGUUUUUCAAUUAGUAGUUUAUUCAAUCGACCAAUAAUUGCUUUAAUUGUUGGUAGUAGUGUAUGGUGUCUCACUUACACUUUACCCCAAAACUUUAUAAAACCUUCUACAAGCUUUCUAAUUCAAACACUAUUCACAUUAUUUCCAAAUUUUGCAGUAUUAAAAGCUUACAUAGCUAUAUCAUCACUUGAAACUCAAGGAAAAGGUCUUCAAUUUUCUACUUUAUUUACUACUGGAAAAGGCGGUAACAAUUUUUCUGUUGGUUUUAUUUUAAUAAUGUUUGUUGUUGAUAGUUUUCUUUAUGGUUUUUUUGCUUGGUAUAUUGACUCGGUCAUGCCAGGAAAAUUUGGUGUUGCAAAACCAUUUAAUUUCUUUUGUAAAUGGCCAAAAAAUAAGACUGAAAAUAAUGUAAUGGUUCCCAUUAGUAAAAGCAACAGUAAGCUUUUUGAAAAACCUCCUGACAAUUAUGAAGUUGGAAUAAGUGUACAGAACUUGCAUAAACGUUUUGGAAAUUUUUAUGCAGUUAAUGGAGUAAAUUUGGACCUAUACAAAGGGCAAAUUACUGCACUUUUAGGUCAUAAUGGUGCUGGAAAAACAACCACAAUGUCAAUGAUUACAGGGUUAUUUUCUCCAACAAGUGGUACUAUAAAUGUUAAUGGAAAAGAUUUAUUUAGUAACAUUGAUGAUUUCAGACAAGACCUUGGUUUGUGUCCUCAACAUAAUUUACUUUUCUCUUAUUUGACUACUUUGGAUCAUUUAAUAUUUUUUGGAAUGUUGAAAGGUUUGCCAUUACAAAAUGCAAAAUCAGAGGGUCUACAUUUGCUUAAACUUUUAAAUAUAUUGCAAAAAAAAAAUCAACUAAUAAGUAACCUUUCUGGUGGAAUGAAACGAAAGUUGUCUCUUGCAAUUGCGUUAGUUGGCAAUCCUAAAAUACUAAUAUUAGAUGAACCAACAUCUGGAAUGGAUCCUGAAUCUCGGAGAGAAAUGUGGGAUUUACUUUUGUCUUUUAGAGGAACAAGAACUAUAUUAAUUACAACACAUUUUAUGGAAGAAGCUGAUGUCCUUGGUGACAGAAUUGCUAUUAUGGACCACGGACAAGUUAGAUGUUAUGGCUCUUCAUUAUUUUUAAAAAAAGCUUAUGGAACUGGUUAUAAUUUGACUAUUGUAAAAGAAGAAUCAUGCGAUGAAUCUAAAAUUACAGAAGCAAUUAAAAAAAUUAUUCCAGGAGCAGAAGUUCAAAGCUCAUUGACUGCUCAAGUUGUCAUUAAUUUACCCAAUGAUAAUACUGAUCAAUUUUCUGAUGUUUUUAGAAUGCUAGAAUUUAAUAGAGAAAAAUUAUCUAUAAAAGGAAUGGGUAUAUCUUGUACAACAAUGGAAGAAGUUUUUCUAAAAGCUGAAAACAAUAUAUAUGAUGAUGAUAGUGAUGGAUCAUCUAUAAAUACACCAGUUGAUGCUAGUACUUACCAAUUGAUUAUUACCAAAGAAAUUGAUUGUAAAGUUGAUCAAGUAACCAAUCUAAUUCAACAGUAUGUGCCUGAAUUCAUUUUGAUGGCAAAUAUGGACACGCAAAUUAUAUUUAAUCUACCGGCUAGAAAAAAAAAUCAAUUUGGUGCCCUAUUUUCUGCUCUUGAAUUUCAAAAACAAAACUUCCAUUUGAAAAAUGUUAAAAUAACUAAUUCAACUACAGGCAAUAUUUAUCCAAAGAUAGACAAUAAAAAGAACUUGACAUUGAAUAAUUAUUUUGGUGACAACAAUAACCAACGUUCAGUUGCAGCUGGAGAUGAUAGUUAUGAACCAAAACAAGCAUCUUGUAAUGAUGUCACACAAACUUUGAUGCCAAAGUAUGCAAAUGGAAUAAUUUUAAUGAAAAAUCAGUUUAAAGUAUUGUUGGAAAAAAAAGCCAUUUAUACAUAUAGGAGAUGGCUUUUUUCAUUAUUUUUCGGUAUCGGACCAAUUCUGUUAGGCUUAUUAGUUAUGAAUUCAACUAGUUAUUUAAUCAAUCAAUCUGCUGUUUCCCAAGGAUUAAAUAUGUCAUUAAGUACCUAUAAAGAUAGUAGUGUAUAUUACCGUGCUGGAGAUAAUUCUUCUGAGAAUUUGGAACCAAUAUUCGUAGCUUUAUCUAGAUUAAAUAAAGCUACUGUCAACGAAACAUCGUCAGAAAGCAAUAUAAUUAAUGAUCUAUUAAAAAUGUGCCAAGAUGAUGUAUUCAAUUACAGAACAAAUCUUAUGAUCGCUGGUGACUUUAACCGAACAAAAUCAACUGUUUUAUACAAUAAUAUAGCUAUUCAUACUCCAGCAAUUGCAGUAAAUCUUUAUUCUAAUGCUCUGUUACAAAAAUUGUCAGGAAAUAAUAAUUCAUACAUUUCAACUGUCAAUGAACCGAUUCUUAUGAAUGAUAUGAGAACAUGUGAUGAAAAACUGGGAACGGGACUAGUACUUUUUUGGAUAACUACUUUUACACCUGGUUUAUUGUAUUUAAUCGGAUAUUUUAUAGCAUUACCAUUAAAUGAAAGAGUAAGUGGCAUAAAACACUUACAAAUGAUGACUAAACUUUCACCAAUCAUGUAUUGGGUUACUUGUUUCAUCUGGGACUAUUUUUGUUAUAUAAUUGUGGUUUUAUUAACAUUAAUUGGCAUGUAUUUUAUGGAUAAAAACGAUUUGUUGACUGAUAUAAAUGAAUUUGGUACUUUAUUAACAUUAUUACUUAUUUAUGGAUGGAGUGCAAUACUCAAUGCAUAUGUUUAUAGCUAUUUUCAAAAAACAUUUGUCAAUUCUAUGUUAUUGUUCAUUUCAGUUAAUUUCAUAUUAGGAAUAUUUAUAAAUAUUACAAUGUUUAUUUUGAAUGACUUUUUCGCACAAUUUAAUCAAAUAAAGUUCUUUAACAUAUUGAAUAUUAUAAGGUUAAUUAUUCUUAUUGUUCCACAUUUUUCAUACUCAGCAUGCAUAUCAGGGUUUAUUAAAAUAGCAUGGGAAAACAACAUGUGCAGAGUGUGCAAAUCACGUUUUAUAGCUGAAAAGUGUAAAAAUUAUAGUGAUUUUGAACGAAAAAGUUAUUUUGUUUUCAAGUCUAAUGAAAAUCCAGAUGGAAUACUAGAAGAAACAUUAUUUUUAUUAUUUAGUAGCAUACUAUAUAUAGCUAUUAUAUUAUUAUUUGAUUAUAAAAUAUUUCAUCAAAUAUAUCAGUUUGUUUUUAAUAAAAUCAUUGGUACUGGUGUUAGUUAUAAAGAUGUUAAUGAAGAUCCAGAUGUUGGUGGUGAAAGAGACAAAGUCGAUGCAGCUAAAACUCAUUCUAAUAAUGUUUCAUCACCAUUAUUGUUGGUUGAUGAUUUGGUUAAAAAGUUUAGUUUUAAAUUUACUGGUGUCAGGGGUAUAAGUUUUACAGUUUCACCUGGUGAAUGUUUUGGAUUACUUGGCGUAAAUGGUGCGGGUAAAACAACUACUUUCCGAAUUUUAACUGGUGAUACAUUUCCUUCAAAAGGUGAUGCUUCUAUUAUGACAGAUAAGUUGUACAAACUAAGCUCUAAUAUAAAUCAGUAUGUUUCUUUGAUUGGUUAUUGUCCACAAUUUGAUGCAAUAAAUGAUCAACUUACCGGAAGAGAAACUUUAAAACUAAUGGCAAUUUUAAGAGGAAUACCACCAAAAAAUACUAAAAAACAUGUUGAUAAAUGGAUUAAACUUUUAGGCCUUGAAGAAUAUAAAGAUCGAAUUUGUGGAAAAUAUAGUGGGGGAAAUAAGAGAAAAUUAAAUACUGCAAUGGCAUUAAUUGGAGAUCCUCCUGUUGUAUUUUUGGACGAACCUACUAGUGGAGUAGACCCUGUAGCAAGACGUAAUUUAUGGCAGCUAUUAGCUGCUAGUCAAAGAGGUGGACAAGCUGUUGUUCUUACAUCACAUAGUAUGGAUGAAUGUGAAGCACUUUGCAAUCGUUUGACAAUAAUGGUAGAUGGUGUAAUGAAAUGUAUCGGUAAUAUACAAUAUUUGAAAAAUCGGUAUGGGCAAGGAUUUACAAUUAUGAUAAAAUUACGUCAUAUUGAAAAUUUCAAUAUUGCUGAACUAAAAUCUGAUAUAGAACGUCAAUUUUCUUCUGAUAUCAAUCUAAAAGAUGAACACAAGGGUUUAUUGCAUUAUCAUGUUACUAACCCAAAUAUACCACUGUCAGAGAUAUUUGGUCAAAUGAAAGUAAUUAAAGAAAAUUAUGCUGUAAUUGAAGACUAUACUGUUAGUGACACUACUCUUGAACAAGUAUUUAUUGCAUUUGCCAAAAAACAGGCAGUUUUAAAUACAAUAACAUAAGAUCUUGUUAGUUUAUAUUACUUAUAUGCAUUUAUAAUAAUUAAAAAUUAAC